AUGUGCUGCACGUCGCGUUGGUGUCCGAAAUUGCUUACUCGUCGUACUUUCAACAGUGGAAAUGAAGUUGACCCGAAUUAUGACGUGACUUCGACUCAACACCCCACAAGAACAGGAUAUGCCAAGCACAUAGUUGUCGGUACGACUGUGCGGAGUCUGUGCCCCAAAAAGACAGGCUGUAUUUCCUUGAUAUUCUCCUUAGUUACCGUCUGCUAUUCGGACAAGAUAGACGGGCGCGGAAAUUGUACUGGAGGACUUGUCGUGGCAUGCCUCUCCCUCGAGAUCCGGUUCUUGAUGGACUAUGUGGAAAGCAUGAAUGGUCACAUUGGGGGGGGGGGACAGGAGGAAUUUGUCUCAGAACGCGAAGUGUACGAUGGAAGCAGCUUUCCGCAGUUGGGUCAGAAGCUGUUUGAGCUACAAGACUACAUCACAAGCCAGAAACCGCGGACAUUGAAAGAUGUUUGGAAUGACCAUAGGGAUCCUCAUCAGGCAUUUACCUCUUGGGCUGUCGUCAUCGUAGGACAUUGUACUCGGACUACUACAAGUGGUUUUGUCUACGUUGCAAUUAGCAUACACGAUCCGGCCUGCAACAUAAGCUGGCAACCUUCUCUCGCGGCUCUUUCUCAAAUGACUCAUCAACAGACCACCAGUCUUAAUUUCAAGCAACUCAAGGUCUUCAGAAACAAUACGUUGAAUGAGUCUUAA